AGAAAAUUGAUAUCAAAGCGUAAAUAAAUGUAAAUUUUUUCCGUGAUUUCCGGUCAAUACUUAUCCAUUCCCACCAAAGACGCGUUCAGCUGCUGCUAAAUGUGAAGCGAAACACUCGCGGAACUCACCAAGCUACGCGAUUACUCAUCAUUUAUUACAAUCACGCACAAUUCCAGCAUAUAAAUGUUAACAAAGAGCAAGAUGCCUGUGCUGACUCAAGACGUUGUAAAAAUUGCAGUAAAAACAUCCCUCAUUUCGGAUGCCAUUCCGCAACUAAUCGAGUUCGAUCAGACACAACCGCUCACCGCAAUAAUCCAAAAUUUGUGCAAUCGCUGGGCCAUUGUGCCGUUCGAGGCGGAAAACUACGCCCUUCAGUUCGACGAUACGACACCGCAGUACUUUGUUACGGAGAAAAAUCGGAAAGACGUGAAAAAUGGCACGGUGCUGCAAUUGCGAGCGUCCCCCAUGAAAACGAGCAAAGAUAUUUUGGAGAAACUUCGGGGAAGCAGUGACGAACAAAAAAUUGUCGCUUUGAAGGAGCUGGCUGCAUUAAGUAGCGACAUGACCUUUGCCCUCGAGUACAUCAAGGAGAAGGGAUUGGCGAUGCUUAUCGACAUAAUCGAGACCGGGGACUGGGCAAGCACUUUUUUGCAAUAUAUCAUGCCGGCAUUUGUGGAGCUGACGGAUCAUGGGACUGUGAGUUUCGACGUGCUAUCCGAACAAUUCAUCCAGCGCAACAUUGAAUACAUCAAAAAUGCCAGCAUGUAUCAAGAGAAAGAGAUUAUCAUCGCAGCGCUGAACAUUUUGGAGAAUAUUGUGCAAAACGGCAGUAAGCAUCACCUGAUCGAGAAGGAAUUUGUGUACAACAGUCUCGAAAGUUUGCUGAAAAUCCUUCAGGAAAGCGGGACUUUGGCAACUUUGCUGCAAAAUAACACGCUGGCACUCAUCAAUGCGCUCUUCGUCAAAGGAAAUGACGAAACAAAGAAGAAAAUCGCUGAGACUUUCAGCAAAAAGCAAUAUCGCAGUGUCAUUUUGGACAAAGUUAUCGGCACAAAUAUGAGCCAGGAGCUCUCGCACCAACUUUAUAUCUUCCAAACGCUGACUUUGAGUCUCUUGGAGCAUCGAAUGCGGACUUCGGUGACGCAGCACGAACAAGAAGUCCUCGAAAAUAUCACAAAAUUGAAGAGAAUCGCUUUCGAAGCUGACGGAAAUGAUGGAAAUAUGACGUCAGAUGCUGCUAGAUUGUACAACAAGAAGCUCGGAUUCAAGGAUAAUUUCAAUCCGAUGAAGGAUUUUAUGGAAAUUCCGCCGGGAUUUCUUGCGUUGGAUUGUAUGUUGUUCUUUGCGAUGCGCUACGAGCACAAUUACAAGAAGGUAGUGCAUGAAAAUAGCAUUCGACAGGAUGAUAAAAACGAUUGUCCUUUUGCACGCACAAGUAUUGAAUUGAUCAAGGUCCUGCUUGACGUUUUGAAGAUCGGGAAUGUGCCGAACGAGAGUGGCGGCGACUUUCAACCGAUUUUUUUCGCACACGAUCAACCUUUUGAAGAGCUCUACUGUGCUUGUGUCAUCGUUCUGAACAAAACUUGGAAAGAUAUGCGUGCCACAGUGGAAGAUUUUGCCAAAGUCCUCAGUAUUGUUCGCGAACAAAUAACACGCACACUUGCAAUGCAUCCGCGCACCAUGGACGAGUUUACGACGCAAAUCAGUCGAUUUUCGUACCAAACUAUCACGAAAUUGCGGCAACAGGAACGCGAAAGUCGCGAGGAAGUCGAAAGUACGGCGCCUGCCAUCGUCAAUCUCAAGGAGAAACUCAUGCCGGAGAUUUUGGCGCUCAUCAAGCAACAACGACUGCAAUACAUGCAAGCCGGAUCGAAAUUCCAAAAGCAAGUGGGACGUGCCAAGAAAACUUGUUACCUCCGUUUGAGCCCAAACUUCAAAUUUUUGCAUAUUAGCGAAAACGACGACAAAUCCAACCAAAUCCCGGCACUCGAGGAGAUGAAAGAAAAACAUCCCGUGAGUGAUAUUCGUCAACUGCUCACCGGAAAAGAUUGUCCCAACGCAAAAGCACGCAAGCAAGCACUUGCCUUCGCCAUAAACGUCGAUUCCGAAGAUUCGUACGACUCGAUGAACAAUAAAACGUUGGAAUUUAUCGCGCCCGACGAGCAAUGUUACAAUUAUUUCUGCGACGGAUUGAACGCUUUACUCAACCAACCGAUGGAAAGUCCCUCGGCGAAGGAAGAACUCGACAUUUUGCUAUCGAUGCGCAUCAAAAUUCAACUUCUCGAUACGGAAGGCAUCGAUAUUUCGAAGGAGCCGCCGCCCGUGCCGCCAGAACCCGACAACUACGACUUUUGUUUCGAGAGUUAAGUGUGUCGUUGCGUGAUUUUUCGAUGAUAUUUAUGGGAAAUGACUUGAAAUGUGACUUGAAGCGAGUGUUUGGAGAGUCGUGGGCCAUUAAAAUUAAGCCAAAUAUUACAAAUGUAAGGUAAAUUACAGAAAAAACUGCCAGAAAUUAACAAUAUUUUGUAAUUCCGCGAGAAAUAUUACAAAGAACGAAUGUAUUCAAUCAAAAAGUAUAUAUAUAAAGUAUAUUAUAUUGCAUUUUUUUAAAAAUUAUAAUAAAAAUAAAAUAAUCCAGAAAUAUUUUUUUUAA